CCAAUCAACAAUCAACGUCAGGUCCCGCCCCUUCUUGCGAGCUUGAAGAAGUGUGUUAAACUACCUUGUACUGCCGCUGUUGAGAAACACAGUAGUGUUACGACGCUUUUUCAUUUCACAUAACUUUAUAACUUACCAAAUAUCAUGAAUAGUUUAAUUAGGACUGCUGCUCGUUGUCUGCGGUCGGGGGCGACGGUCUGUCAACCCAGACUAGCCGACGGACGCUUGUGGCCGACCUCGGCCCGGCUCCUGUGCGCGACGGCGGACCUCCAGGGAGGCCUUGGUGAAAUGGUGAAGAAGGAUAAAGUGGUGGUGUUCAUGAAAGGGACGCCCGCACAGCCCAUGUGUGGUUUCAGUAACGCCGUGGUUCAGAUCCUACGCAUGCAUGGAGUGGACGACUACGCUGCGUACAACGUGUUGGACAACCAGGACCUCCGACAAGGAGUCAAGGCCUUUUCCAACUGGCCCACAAUCCCUCAGGUGUACUUCAACGGCGAGUUUGUGGGAGGCUGUGACAUCCUGCUCCAGAUGCACCAGAAUGGAGAUCUGGUGGAGGAGUUGAAGAAGCUGGGCAUCCGCUCCGCGCUGCUGGAUGCUGAGAAGGAAUCCAAAUAGAAGACAAGGAUGAAUCUCAAGCAGCUGAUAAGGACAGGGGACACAUUUAUCAGAUUGAAUCCCCCCACUCAGAGGAUUGCAGAUAAAUCAACUCAGUAGGUUGUGAUGGGCAAAAGAGUUUAGAGGAAAGUGACAAGUGUAAGCAGUUUUGGUGGCAGCACUGCAUCUUAAGUGAUGGACAUUUAUGCUUUACCAUAUUCCUAAUGUAAAAACAGCUUGGAGUGUUGGAGUGGGAUACAGAGCUCCUGCUGCACUGCUAACACCUCUAUACAGUUCCUCUAAAUUUGCACAGAUGAUGUAUCUGACUGGUGAGGACUUUAAUCUUGGAAAAUUGCUUUCUUGACAUGUUGACAUAUUGUCACCUAUAUGUGGACAUAGUGAACUUAUAAGCAACAUUUUCAGUUGUUUCUAACCAUCUGAUGACUUUAAGUCCAAUUCUAGAAAAAUAUCUUGCUCCUUAGCUGAAUGGUCCACUGUGUUCAACAGCUAGUUACUAACUUUGCUUGGUCUGGAGUUUGGUGCUGGGCAGGUAACAUACAAAAGCCAAAAACGUUGCUAUGCGAGCUCAGAGACUGAACCACAACAGUAAAACUCUGGGUAAGAAAACCAAAACUGAGCUGAGCUGAGGGGAAACUGCAGGUGAUAAUUCUCAGUGAGUUCAACAUUAAUGAGCGACCACUUUACACAUAAAUAAUUGGACCCAUUGUUACUACAGGAAUAUUGACUAUAGCAACUUUAAUAUUUCCCUACCAUAACACAGGGAGGGAAAGCUGAAAUCUUUGCCCUAUAGAUCCUACUCUUUUUUUUUUUAUAAAUCAUAUCGCUAUCAUUUUAUUCUAACAGAUACUGUUACAAAAUAAAGAAUCCAUAAUAGCAUAGUUAGGGAUCACAGGCUCUACUGAAAUAAAUACAGCAAAGAACAUGCAGCUAAAAGACCAGUGAAAUUAUUUCCCAUCAAGAUGGACUACUACUGCCUUGAGCCUUAACACAAGAAUGCUGGCACUGUCUCUCAACCUGCAGUCCCUGUUACCUCUAUUGUUUGCUUUUUUUUUCAAGCCACAGUAAGUUCAAGACCAAAUGACCCCCAUGGUACACCAAGACUAACUAAAGAUCUUUAUGAUGUUGGUUUGGGUCACACCAGGAUGUCACCCCACCAGAAACCUUCCAAAUGCACUGCCUGUUUAAUAAGCAAAAGAACAAAGAGGGCAUAGAAGAUGUUUAUAUGUUAGGGAAGCUGAUGUAGGAUUGAGAACAUAAAAACAUCUUUAUUUAAAUGCUGUCCAGUUACACUACAUAUGGACAUGGACCCUGCCUCACUUGCCUCACUACACACAUGCACUGUCAUGAUUGUCUGCUUAUGUGUUCUGGAAAUGUGUCCCCUCUGUUAUAAUGUCUUCAUCUGCUGAAACACAACAAACAUAUCAGAGCAUCUUUUUCUUUCUUUCCUGAAGACAUUUCUCACAUUUAUCUGGAAAAACAGAAGCAGUUACAGUAUCUUUAGUAUGUUUGUUGUCUGUCCAGAUCUGUGGUAUGUUAAUCUGUCACUGAAAGAAAAGGAGCAUCUUA